CGCGUUCAAACCCUAAUCAAUAAACGGAAGACCUAAAACAUUACUCCUAUUUAUAUUGGCGGCCAUCCAUCUAGGGUUUUCAAUUUUACAAUUGCUUGCCACUCUUAUAUUAACCUACAAGGUGUUUCAUUCUUCAUUGUGGUUACAGUUUCACUUCUUGGGCGGCUCUUCAUCAUUUGUCCUCCCGUCCUCCGCCUCUGCGACAGCCAUCGACCUCCAUCGCCAUCGCCAGCCGUCUUCUCCACUUCAGUCAAGACUCCUACUCCAGGUACUCCGUGUCUUUCAAAUUUUUGAUUUUAUCCAUAUCUUGCCUUUAUUACCAUUGCAUGUUGUGUUUCCGAGUUUUAGCGAGCGAUAUCUGUCAUCGGUUUUGUUUGAGUCUAUUCGGGAUGAGUGCCAGAACAUGAAGUCGGAAUCAUAGAAACUCGUCACACGUUUGACUCAUUGUUUUCUCAGUUGAAAUAGAACAAAUAGACCUUAAUAGCCCAUUGUUGUUUCAUUUUAGGGUUGUGCAUCUUGGUUUCUUGUCAUGUUUGCAAAUUGGAUACUUGGAACUCAGAAGUCUUUUCUUUUUAUUUGAUAAAAUCCAUGAUCAAUAAACCAUCUGUUUUGAGUAGAAAAUGAUGUAUUCAUGGAAAAUUUGUUUUAAAUUUUUUUUUAUGUUUGAUGCGAAUUUGAAUCAACAUGCUUAUUAAAGUACACAUGAUCCGACAUAAAAUACAUGACCUAAAAGUAAUUCAAUGAUCCGGAAUGGUCGCCUUUGAUAGGUGGUUAAUGUAUUUGAAUUUCAUGGACUCGAACAAGUGUUUGUAAUACGAUAAUAAGUUGCUUACAAAAAUACAAAAAGACUCGAAAAAGGUUCAAUUUUGACAAAUCAAAGAGGCUUUGUAUAAGACCCAUUGAGGACCCUAGACCCGUCAGAUCCGUAGGGUCCGGGUCUGGGUCUUAAAAUUUUGGACCCUUAGGGUCCGGUUCCGGGUCUGGAUCCAAAAAAAAGGGUCCGGGUCCGGGUCUGGCCAGACCCGCCCCAUGACCAUCCCUACUUGUUACACCUCUCGGAGCUAUGCAAACACAUAUAGCGCAUGAUUCAUGCCAAUGAUUGAUAAGAGGUAAUGGCCUCAGUACGCUAGUGUUAAAAUUAGACAUGAUGCUGAUCAAAUUCGUGGUAAGAGAAGGAAGAAAAAAACGCAACACUUGUCGUCGUUGUAGUAGUGAAGGUCACAACACUAGAACUUGCACAUCAAGUAGUAGAGAUGGAUUCAACAGUUUCAGGACCCCACGAUCCAUGUGUCUUGCAUACGAGGACAAUCAUCGGAGCAGUUUACUACAGGAUGCCCCGGUAUGUUUAUUUGAUGAAUAUGUUAAUCUAAUUUGAGAUUUGAUCGAGAGGGUACUUGGAGGGCGACCUCCCGCAGCCAUAGCCUGAGGGAGUAGGUUGCGCAUUACAUGGCUAGCCCAGAACUUCUCGCACCUCCCUAAAGAUGCUGAUGAGGUCACCAUAUAGAUGUACGCUAAGACGUAUAUAUUUUACUUGCUUGGUGCGGUCUUGUUUGUGGACAAGACUGGUAGUCAAGUAUAGAUUCUGUACUUGACGCUGCUUGAUGCGCCUUGGGGCGCAUUGCCGGAUACAACUGGGGUUCCGUAGCCCUAGGUUACCUGUACAAACGGCUCUGCGAUGCUUCACGGAGGAACAUGAAAGAGAUUGCUGGACCACUAGUUAUAUUCCAAGUAAUACUAACUUAUAAAUUAUGAUUUUUGUAUUUCUCAAUACGUUUGGAUUCUUGCAUUUACUUAUUUUUGUAUAAUUUUCAUGGCUUUGGACUUGGGAGGACAUUCUCAUUAGGCAACCAAUGAGAACUGUUGGACGUGGUGCUGUUGCACUGCCAAUCAAUCCCCCUUUAGAGGUUUCAUAUGGAUUUCGACGGACAUUUGCGCGACGUACAAAGAUUCACACCGGAUCCGGUGUGGGAUUCUUUCGUGAUCAUUUGGAUCUAUUACAACCAGACCAGUUUUGUUGGGACUCGUACCCCGUUAAGGCAUAUGCUGCGUUGCCUCAGUACUCAGGCAUAAUGUCGGGUGCUUGGAGAGCCUUUGUACCAUUAAUUUGCUUCGACAUAGUUGAAGCGCAUCUUCCCGAGCUUGUACUUUGCCAGAAUGGGAUGGUAGAAGGCAUCCCGCCACCUUGUGACACGGAGGUUGAGCUCCGUCUCACCUCACGUAAGGGUCGGAAGCCGAAGAACUGUCUUGAGAUCAAUGGGCGACAUAUGGCUCGCUGGGAUCAAAGAUUGGAGCUGCUGGUGCAAAGUGCGCCAAUUAAUGCUGCAGGCGCACCUACUUCUCCAAAUUACAUGGCGUGGUUCCUCUCCAUCACUCGCCGAUGGAUGACACCACGAGGUAUCAUCGCAGCAGUUCAAUACGCCAUCACCGCACCGAUGAUGACAUAGUUUGCACAAAGCGUCGCAGUUGUGAUUAGGUCCAGUCAGGAGGAGCCUGUACGGAAGAUUGACCAAAGCAUUCUCCUAGGGACCCAGUUCUAGCACUUCAUUCCAGAAGUGGCUGCGCCGGUGACCUCUAGGGACUUGCAGCGGGAAUCUCCUCCUGAUGUCGACGUACAUUUAGAGGAGGUUGACCUGAUGUACACCCCUGGAUGUUGUGGAGUCCUCACAGGGUGCAGGAUCAUCGCAAGAUGCAGGGUUCACCUCCCCUCCCCGAGCGCCAUAUGACCGCCUCUUACUAUUGCAAGAGGCGGUCUAGACCAUCACUGCUAGAGAGGGUGCAACAGGAGGAUGAUCAUUAGUGUAUUGUUUGUAAUAUAUAGAACAUUUGUGUAUAUUGAACAUUUGUAAUAUUUUGAAAUCUGUAUAUAGUUUUUAAUAUAUAUGUAAAUGCAUAUAUGUUUAUCUAUCGUGUUUAGCAUAUGUUUAUUACAAUUGAAUGUCAUUGCUCGAAAGAUUUCGACGAUGAAUUAUUCUACCUUGAAUCAUGCAUUGGGCUAUAAUCGCUCCGUUUAUCUUGGAAUGAUGUAUACAAUUAAUCUAUAUCAAACAAACAAUCAAAUUCAAAUAGGGAAGAUGCUGUUGAAAAUUCAACACGAUUUCAUUCAUAAUCAACCAAUCUGAUAGCAAAUUACAUAGGUUCUUCGUUAAAUAAUCAACGCUACUAAGAUGAUUUCUUAAACUUUCUCGUAAUCCUUUCAGUCUCUUAUUUUCUAUGAGCCAUAUCAUCUACUUGCCUUUUGAGAUUAAGUACCUUAUCUUUAAGCUCUUCUUUUUCUUUAAAAAGCUGAAUUAUUAAGUCUCUCUGCAAUUUUGUACCCUCCGAAGCAACCCAACUA